AUGCUGGACGUCGCGCCGCUCACGUUCCUAGUGGUCUUCAUCGUUUGUACCGUGGGAGCAUGGAUAGUCUCCAAGUUCUUCACGCAGAUUGUGACCCUCGCGAUCAAGGUUACCACAGGAAAUUCGUUGAGCUUUCGCGUGCUUGGCCUCUUGAAGGUCAAGGAUAUCCAUUGCGCCUUCAAAAAGGGUCCCAUACAGAGCGUGACGAUACGCGAGGUGAAGGGCCAUCUGGCAUCCCUCAGCAGCCUCAAGCUGCGCCUGCGCGUCAAGAUCAAGGACGUUGACAUCGUGCUCCGCCCCUCGCCCCCCUCCACCUCCAAAAAGAAGAAAAAACCCUCCAAAAAUGCCUCCAGCAGUGGAGGAUCCGCAGCCAAGGGCCCGGCCAGGAAGGCCGGGGCGAUUGCCGCCGCCUGGGGCCGGUGGAAGAUUCUGGGGAGCUUCUCCCGGGUGGUUCGGGUGUGCCUGUUUGACGUGUCUGUGCGGUGGGCUCAGGCCCCUGACGUGUGCUUCCAGCUGAGGGAGUUUGACCUGUUCUCCACGGCUGAUGCCUCGGGGAAAGGGCAGGUGGCUAUGCGAUUGGAGCUGCUGGGAAUCUCGCUCUCUCAUCGCCCCCCUGUUUCUGAGAAGAGCCCUGGGCUCCGAUCUAGAUCGAUGAAUCUGUUCAGGAUUGGCGGUGGGGGUGGGGGUGGGGAGGAGGGAGAGGGGGAAGGAGAGUGGGAUGGUGGGGGAGAAGGGAGGGGAAGAAGAAGUGUGGGGGGAGGAGAGGGGAGUGGGGAUGAUUCGCUGCCGUUGAUGCUGCUGGAGAGCUGGACGACUGAUGUGGCACUAGGGUUUGACAGAGAGGUGGGCAUAGCAGUGCGGCAGCUGCAGCUGAACUGGUCGGAGCUCGAGCUGAACCUCUCUGAGCGUCUGCUCGCCCUGCGCAUUGUCAAGGCCCCCAAGCGCCCCCCUGCCGCCCAGCCCCCUGUUCCUGCUGCACCCGUGGCUGUGGCUGCGCUUGCCCCUGUGCUGGUGAACGAAAGGAAGCGCCCCAACCUCCCAGAAAAGCCCCCUGUUCCUGCUGCACCCGUGGCUGCCGCGGCAGUUCCUGUGCUGGUGAACGAGAGAAAACGUCCCAACCUCCCAGAAAAGGUGCAAGUCACCCUACCACGAAUCAUGCUGCGCCUCUGGCACCACCGCUGCGGCCUCCUGCUGCGCAGCAGCUGUGGCCCCAUCACGCUCUCCUCCACGCUCUCCCGCCCGGCUCCUGACCUCUCAGUCAUCGAGGCUGAUUUCAGCAUCGGCAUUGUGGAGGUUCUGAAGAGCGCCGAGGGUAGUGCCCUGUCAGUCAUGCGUGUAUCGUCAUCAGCUUGCCUCUCCUUCCCACACUAUACGGCAGAGGCAGUGCGGGCAGAGGUGGACGUAACUCUAUCAUCUGUCGACUGGCGGGUGUUCCCUGCUACUCUCGCCCCGUGGGUGGCAGCAGCACUUGAGGAGAUGCGGAGGAAGAAAGCAGCAGCACUCAGGCGCCAACACUUGCAACUGCAGCAGGAGCUGCUGGAACAGCAGCAACAGCAGCAGCAAGGGUAUCUGGAAGGGAUUCUGUCUCCACGUGCCAAGGCCAGAGGCGCUUCGCGAAAAGCUGAUUCACCACCGCUAGGCAAGAGUGCAGCAGCAGCAGGAGAAGCAGGAGGCAGAGUAGGAGGAGGAGCAGGGGCACCAGGAGCAGCGACAGCAGAGGCAGCAGCAGUGGUGGAGGUUCCCAAGCCAAAGAAGCCAAAGCGGCCGUUCAGGCUUGAGGCAGUGGUGGGAGCAGUAGGAGCAAAGCUCACAGUACACGAUUAUGACGACACUCCUCUCUAUAAGGCCUCUGCUGCCAAGUUCCACCUCUUCCUCUCCAAAUCCACUGGCUCCCCCCCUGCUGCUGCUGCUGCUGCUGCGCCACACGCCUCUGCUUCGACCCCGCUGGGGCCUGAUUCGCCUGGUUCUGCUGCCGGUGGUGGGAAGGCAGGGUGGGGCAGAAGCAAGGGUGGGCGGUACUCGUUUCUGAGCCGGUCUGGGAGUGUUCUGGGCGGGGGGGCGAGGGGAGGAGUGGGGGGGGCUGCAGGAGCGGGAGGAGGAGGAGGAGAUGGAGCAGCCGCAGCAGCCAACAGUCCUGGGGUUUCCAGGACUAGCAGCAGGGCGGAAGCAGCAGCAACUAGGGCGGGUUUUAGCAGGUCUACGAGCUGCUUUGCUGCCAGUCCUUAUGGUGCUGGUGGUGGUGGUGGUGGCUUUGGUAGGGGCUCUGCCUCCGCCUUCCCUUCCUCGUCCACCAUCCCCGCUUCUCCUGCUGCUGCUGCCACCACCGCCGCUGCUGGGACUGGGACGGGGACUGCUGCGGCUGGUGGUGGUGGUGGUGGUGGUGAGAGUGUGAUGGAGGUACAGGUAGAGUAUUCAGGCGUGCAGGUGGCACGUCUGCCCAGAGAAGAGGAUUUCGCCAGGCUUGCUGAGGCACACGGUGCUGCCAGUGCUGCAGGUGCUGCUGCUCCUGCUGCUGCUGCUGCUGCUGCGGCUGCGGUUGCUGUGCCUCGGGAGCAGGUGUUUAUUCAGGUGUCGCGCCUGGGAGUAGAGUGGGGCCCUGGGAUCCCCGACAACUGGGAAGAGCUUGGGGAUUCAUCCGGAGAGAAGAGAGGGGGGGAGUCAUCAGGAGCAGUAGAAGCAGGAGCAGGAGGAGAAUCAGGAAGGGGGUUAGGAGUAACAGGGAGUGCCAGUUCCCCCGGUAGUGGCUCCGGUGGGGGCGCGUACAGAGUGGUCAGUGGAGGGGGGAGUGGGGGGAGCGGGGGAGGGGGGAUACUAGACAAAGUAAUGAUGGUGCAGGUGGGGGUGCGGGGACUCAGACUGCGCCCCUCCUUCCCCCUCCUGGGAUCGAUUGCAGAGGAAAUCACCCGAGCAGAGCAGUUUGUCAAGAGGGAGAAGAAGAGAGGUGCGAGCACAGUAGGUGCUGCUGCGGGUGGGGCUGACGCGACUGCUGGUGGUAAAGAGUCAGGCAAAGGGAAGAGCAAGAGCAAGAGCAAGGGGAAGGGCAAGGGGAAGGGAGUGAAGGCGUUUCGGAUAGUCCUAGACGAUUCUCUCUUGGAGCUGGAAUGCCCCUGCACAGUCGUUGAAGCAGAUGUGCUGGAUCCUAAGAAAGUUCACUUUGGGGAUGAGCUGGGAGAGAGAAUUUUCCACCUCACCCCUGAGGGAGACCUUCGGGUGGCGAAGGUUAGGAGGUUUGAGUGGGAGGGGGUUGAGCAUGCUUCUGUGGUGUGUGCGUUGCGGGUGGAGCUGCCUUCGGUGUCGGUGGGGGGGAGAGUGGGGGGAAAGCAGGUGCAGGUUGGGGUGGAAGGGGCGAGAGUGGUGUAUGUGGAGAAAGGCGAGGGUGGGGAGGUGGGGGGUGCGGUGCGGAGUGGUGGAGCUGGGUUUGGGAAGGGGGGUUUGGAAGGGAAGGGAGGGGAGGAGAAGAGGGUGGGGAGGGAGGGUGGGAGGAGGCAGGAUGGGGUGAUAGCAGAGGUGGUGAUGUGCCGGUUACAAAUGGCACACGUUUUGCUUCGGAAGGGGCUGCUAGGUCCGGACGGAGGUCUGGCGCCAGACCGGGUGGUGGUUACCGCAGCUGGGCUGGAGGCUCGGUGGGAGCCGGAUGUACAGGUGCUGGUGGUAGAGGUAGGGGAGGAGAUGAAGGAGGUGACUGGUCGGAGAAAGGCUGUUAUAGAGCAAUGGCGAAAGAUGACAGAGAGAGAAGGGGAGACGGAGCAGGCGCGGGUGAAUCAGCAGCAGGCGCAGGAGAAGGCAGAGCAGGAGACACAGCAGCGGGUGCAGGAGCAGAAGGGAGGGAAGGGAGAGGGAGGGGAUGCAGGGAAGCUAGUCACGGCAGGUGGUAGUCUUGAUGCGAGUCUGCUCGGGAGGGAAGGUGGUAACCAGCUAGGUGCAUCAGCCGCAGCAGCAGCAGCAGCAGCAGCAGCAGCAGCAGCAGCCGGCACCAGCAGCAGCACUAGCAACACGCCCAGGGCCAGCAGUAACAGCAUGGGAGCAUCACUGCCGCCGAUAGCACCCAGUGGUGGUGAGGGCAGCAGGCGCUCUGUGGGAGUUGCCAAGUCCGCUGCUGGGGUGCUGGAGGGCGGUGUGGCAGGGUUGGGAGUGGCUGGGAGCGGUGCCGGAGCAGCAGCAGCGGCUGUGGCAGCAGCUGCAGCUGGUGAUUCCGCAGCCCCGGCAAACCCGAGCAAGCCCGUGAAGGCGAAGAAGCCAAAGCCAAUAGUUGCGGUGGAUGUGACGGGGGUGGUGGUGACGGUGGGGAUAGGCGACGAGACAGAGAUGCGUGUGGAGGCCAGGGGGCUCUUCUCUGAAGACGCGGCCAUGGGGGCGCUGCUGGAGGGGCUGGCGUUGCGCAUCAAUGGAGCUGCCAUGCUCUUCAGCGAGUCGUUCCAGGUUUCUCGUGUGCCGAGUGCAACCCCAGUGGUGGUCGCACCUCCCUCCGCCCCUCCACCCCAGCCAGGAGAGAGCACACCCACAGUGUGGGACUAUGUGAUCCAGGCGAGCUCAUCGCGCUUCAUCCUGCCGUUCCAGUUUGAGGUGCGGGCAGUGGAGGACAGUGCAGAGGACAUGAUGCGCGUGCUCAAGGCUGUCACUGCUGCUCAGAAGAUGGCCCGCCGCUUGCGCCAGGGGAGAGCCGCUGCUGCUGCUGGUUCAGGCCUGGCAGCAGCAGUAGCCGAUUCAGCAUCCCUGGCUGCUGCAACAGCUGCAGCUGCCGCCGCCACUGCUGCUGCUGCUGCUGCUGGGUCAGGCCCGGCAGCAGCAGUGGGCGAUCCAGCAGCACUGGCCGCAGCAACAGCUGCAGCCGCUGCAGAAGCAGAAGCAGCAGGCGUGAUCCCCCCCACCGUGCCCUCCUCCUCCUCUGCCCCAAAACCCAAGAAGCCCCCUGCGCGUCAGAAAGGCCUCAUACGCCUUAUAGUGAAGGAGCUGCUUUUAGAGGUGGAGGAGGAGCCGAUUCAAGGGUGGCUAGAUGAGAGGAGACAGCUUAUGAGACCACUGGUGGAAGAUAAGCUGGUGAGGGAGAGGUUGUUAGAGGAAGAGGAGGAGAAUCUGAUGGGCGGGGAUAUUUUUCCCGCUGGUUUGGAGGGGCUUGUUGGGGAGGUAGCAGGGGGGGGGGAUGGUGAGAAGUCACCUCAGGAUGGGAGAGGAGGGGGAGGAGGAGGGGGGUUAGGAGGGGGAGGUGGGGGGAAAGGGGUGAGUCUGCAAGUGUUGGCUGCAGCAGCGGCUGCUGCAGAGGCUGUUGGGCCUACAGGUGAAGCCAAGGGUACUGCGGUCAGGCUGAAACUUUUCCGAGAACGUUUCCAGGCUGCCCGGGAGGAUCUGCAUCGUCGGGCAAGCCUGGCGUACAAAGCAGCGUGCGAAAUCCUUGUGAAGGAUCCGGGCACGGGCUGGGCGUAUAAAAUCGGGCUGAAUGAAAAGUUUCCGAUGACCACCACACGAAGAAGCGCUGCUAGCUUGUGGUUUGCGUUUGCGGAGCUGGCUCUGAUACCAAUAGAGCAUGGGCGGCAGGGCAUGGUGGCUAAAAUCCGUGAGCUAGACACGGUUCCUGCUUCGGAUAAGGUACCUAUUGCUAGGAUGUAUGGGCGGGCAGUGGAGCUUUCGUGCGUAGGGCUGAAAUUCUCCCUGAGGGAUUUCCCGCUGCCGCUGUUUGCGGCUGCUUCCGGGAAGCUUCGUGCGACGGCGAUCAUGGCUGCACAGGCCACGGUGCACCAGCCGCAGCAAAAAUCCGACGUGUUUCUUGGAAGGUUCCGGCGGGUUACGGUGCUGCGAACGGCCAGCGGAGCCACCCCUCCGUUGAAAUUCUACUAUGAGGCCGAGGCGGAGUUUGAAUCGGCGGAUUUGUCGUAUGGGGUGGGGUACGAGCCGAUGCUGUUCGCCGAUGUGAGUUACGCGGUAACGUGUGCAGUGCGGAAGGGCCAGCCGACGACGAGGCAGGCGAAGGUGAUUGCGGCGGCAGCGGCGGCGGCAGCAGCAGCUGGGAUACCCUACCCUCCGGUGCAAAACACCCUCUCUGUGCCUGCUCUUGCAGCUGCAGCUGAUCCUGCUGCGGCUCCUCCUGUGUGGCCGCCUGUGGAGAGAAGCCUGCCGUGGUGGGAUAUUAUGAGGUAUUACAUGCACGGGCAUGCGCAGAUUGUAGCUCUGGACUAUCAGGUGUUUCUUCAGGCUACUGUGGAUCCAUACGAGCAGAACGACAUGCUCACGCUGGUCGGGUCCCGGCUUGUUUUCUCCCAGAAGAAAGGGCAGAUGUUUGUGCGAGGGGAGGAUCUAGAAGCGCACAUGUCGAGCGUUCCGGAGGAUCCGUUACGGAAGGCUGACGCGUGGGUGAGAGAAGGAGGGUUGGGCGGAAUUGGGAGGGGGACAGGCGGGGGAGGCGAGGGCGGGCGGUGGGAGGGAGACGAGUUUCUCCGUGCACCUGCGAUCGAGACGCCGGUUCUGGAGCUGGAUAUUCGGAUAGACUGGGAGGUGGAGGAGAAUGGGGACGCGUGUGCACAUUAUUUGCACGCGCUGCCGACGGAACCAGGCAUGCGGAAGGUUUUGUAUGAUCCGUUUAGGUCUGUGGGGAUGAACUUCCGGUGGGACUGGCGGUUUUUGUCCAAGGAGCAGGCGAGGGUGAUUCACAGCAAAGGGGAGAAGAGAGGGAAGAGCAGCGUAGGUGGUGGUGGGGUGAGGGUGGGUCGGAGCAGCAGUGCCGUUGAUAUCCGGCCUGGUGGCCCCACUGCUGCUGCUGCUGGCGCUGCUAGUGCUGGCAGCGAUGCUGCUGCGGGUGCAUCUGGUGUUUUAGGCAGGCAUGCACAUGGAUCACCGGCAGGACCAGCCAUACCGCGCUCCACCUCUCUGUCUUCUGCUUCGUUCUCCCGGGCCUCCUCCUCCUCCCACCGCUUCCCCGACGACGAAGAUUUCUUCUCGGGCAGCUCAACUGCCCACCGAUCGGCGUCCAGCACCAGCGGCGGGUCGUUCUCGUCCGUUGGAUUCGAACCGGGGGCUGAGUCAGCCUCAGGAGCGGGUUUGAGUGCAAGUGGGCGUUUGCAAUCUCAGAGACACAGGAGAACGUCGUCAGGCAGUAUGCCUUGGCAUGUGGGAGCGGGGAAUUGGGAAGGCGGAGGAGAAGGAGGGGGAGGAGGAGGUGGGGGUGCAGGUGCUGCCGUGGCUGGUGGUUUUGAUAGCCCACGCAUCGAAGGAAUCGGAGGAAGCGGAGGAAUCGGAGGAAGCGGAGGGUUCGGAGGAAGUGGAGGGAUCAGAGGAGGGUUUGAGGUUGCUGGUGGGGGCGUGCGCCAGCCGACGUUCAACCUAGCAAGCCACGACAUCAAGUGGCUGUUCAAGUUCUACAACCUCAUGUACCUCUCCUCCCACAAGCUCCGGAACUUCGGCCGCCGCCGCUACGGCAUUGCAAGGAAGCCCAAGUCCGGCAACCUGAACCUCAGCCAGGUCAUGUCUGAGAUGCUGAUCCGCCUGCAUAUCGCCCCGGGCGCGUGGCGGCAUUAUUCGUUUCGGAACCCGGACCCGGCGGAAGGGCUGGUGUUGCUGGUAGAUGAGUUGGUGUAUGAGUUGUGCUAUAGUAGGAAUUUGAAGGCUUGGGAUGGGAAGACGAGAAGGCCGAGUUUUAAGACGGCGCAUACGGGGCUUGAUGUUGUGCGCAUGAGGAUUGUUGUGGAGGAGCCUGGGAGUGGGGAGGGGGAAGGGGAUGGGCAGGAGGGGGGUGGAGGGAUGGAGGGUGGAGGUGGGGGAGGGGGAGUGGGGAGAGGGGGUGUUGGUGGGACGAGUGGGCGGGUUUUGGAAGGGGAUGAAGCUUCUGAGAAGAUUCUGGAGUUGUUGAUGGGGGAGGAUGAGGUGGGGGGAGGGGGAAGGGAGGGGGUGGUGGGAGGGGUGGCGGGGAGGGGCGUAUCAGGGAAAGGUCUGGUUACCAGACGAAGCACUGGAGGCAGCAGCUUCAGAUGGGGGGGAGGAGAGGGAUUGGGAGGGGGAGGAGGGGGAGGGGGACUGGGAGAGGAAGCAGGAGGUGGGGGGAGGGGCACGGGGGCAGCGGGAUUCAGGAGCAGCAGCAGCGCAAGGGGAGGGAUUGUGGGGGAAGGAUGGACAAAGGCCGAUCAGAGUUUCCUAAUGUCAUGUGACGGGGUGAUGAUUCGCAAGCAGGCGCCUGACGGGAACGCGGAGCAGAUUCAGAAAUGGCGCGUGGGGGAGGGAUGGAAGGGAUGGCUCAUGGGGGCAGCAGGUGGUGGUGGGGAGGCGGGGGGAAGGGGAGCAGGAGGAGACGGCGAGGGGAGUAAGAAAGGCAGCAGCAGCCGGAUUAGCGAUUUUGAAGCGGAGGGGGAGGGCUCGGAGAGUGACGGGGACGAGGGCGAGGAGGAGGAUGAGGAGGAGGAGGGUGGGGAGGGGGAGGACGAGGGGGAGGCGGAGCAAGAUCUAGCUGACAUUCUUGCUCUACUAGUAGCAGACGACUGCUGGAGGAUCCUGGUUCCAGGGCUAAGACUCCUCCUCACCAUCCGCAACAGAGAUGCUCUGUGGGCCUGGAUGGCGGAAUUCCAGCGCGGAUUCGCGUCAGACAAGCCGUCCCCGUCGCGCCAGCUGGCGCAACGCAAGAGGCUGGAGGCGGCGGGGGGGGUGCCGCCACCGGUGGUGGGGGCGGCGCUGGUGGCGGCUCAAGUGGCGGCUCAGAUCGCAGCAGAGAAGGCGGAGAAAGAGGCAGCAAAGGCUGCUUCUGCCGCUGAGGCUGCUGCGGCAGCGGCAGAAGCACAAGCAAAAGCGGGGGGAGGGGAUGCGGCGGGAGUGGUGGAGGGUGGACAGGCGGGAGGGGGAGGUGGUGUGGUUGGUGCUGCUGCUGCUGGGGGUGCUGCUGACGGUGGUGGUGGGGGAGGGGGAGGGAUGGGGGCUGGGGCGGCAGGUAUGGGGAUGGGGGGAGAGGAGGAUAACUGCACGUUGAACUACAUGAUCAACAUCAUUCGGCCUCAGUUCAACUUCCACUCUGAAGAUGCGCACGGUUGCUUCCUCCUCACUGCCAAGAGUGGUCGCAUGUUUGCGUGCACCUUCCACUCAGUCUUCACAGACUCAUUUCCCUUCACCUCCCCCCCGCUCCUCUCCCAAUCCACUUGCUUCCUCCUCACUGCCAAGAGCAGCCGUGUGCUCGCGUGCACCUCCCACUCACUCUUCACAGACUCAUACCCGCUGGCUUUCCUCCCUUUUCUAUCUCCCCUCAUCUUCCCCCCACCUCUACACCCACAUCCCAGGGUCGUUUCCUCCUUGCUGCCAAGAGCGGUGGCAGCAGGAACAGCAGGAGCAGCAGGAGUGCCAGUGACAGCACCAGCAGGAGGAGCAGGGGACGGCACAGGGGCAGGGGUAGCGGCAGGGAUAGGAGCAGGAGGAGCAGGAGAAGGAGUGGUAUUGGCAGGAGGAGCUUCAGCAGUAGCAGGAGCAGCAGCAGCAACGCCAGCAGCAGCAGCAGCAGCAGCAGCAGCAGCAGCAUCCCUAGCCCCUCCUCCACCCCACACAUCUGAUAUCAUGCCAGGGUUCGGUGAUGACCUGGACACGAUUCAGUGGAACCGGCACGAGCUGGCAGUCAUGCUGGAGAACGUGCAGGCCUACGUGGCACCCACUGACGUGGACCUGACAGCUGGCGUGCAGUGGUUGGCUCAUAAGCCAAAAGUGCGUCCUGAUGCAGACAAGGAUGAAGAAGAGGAGGAGGAGUACGGAUCCCGGGCCGAUGGAGUUCCCGAGGUGGAGGUGGCAGAGGUGGAAGCAGAGGUGGCACAGCGGGCAGUCAACGCCCUCAUCCAGGACCUCUGGAGGAGAGGAGUGCAGGUCUUGACUCUCCUGUUGAAGAAGCCAAAGGUACGACCUGAUGCAGACGAAGAGGAGGAGGAGGAGGAAGAAUACGGAUCCCGCCCUGACGGAGUUCCCGAGGUGGAGGCGGCGGAGGUGAAAGCGGAGGUGGCGCAGCGGGCAGUGAACGCUCUCAUCCAGGACCUCUGGAGCACUGCCGCUCUCACCGCCUCGAGAGCUCACGGGCCUGAGCUGGCGUUUGCUGGCAGCUGGGACGGAGGGGGAGGAGGAGGGGGGAAUGCGGGUGUGUUUGGGUCGGGGCGGCUGGUUCUGGAAGAGGAGGAUCCGAAUCACAAGAGUCUUGUGCUUGCGCCGCCCAUGGUGCUGGUGAGUGAGUGGUUGCUUGCUGUGCGCACGAGAUGCUCCCUUUCUCUCCCUCCCCCCCCCUGGGCUGGUUGGCGCCUGCAAGUCAGCUGUGCGCACGAGAUGCUCCCUUUCUCUCCCUCCCCCCCCCCUGGGCUGGUUGCCGCCAGCAAGUCAGCUGUGCGCACGAGAUGCUCCCUUUCUCUCCCUCCCCCCCCCUGGGCUGGUUGCUGCACUGACGGAAAGAGCAUCUCGUCGCUGCUCUCAAAGGAGAGUACCUCGUGCGCAGAACUCAUUCUCGUUUCUCCCUUUCUCCCCAUGCUCUCAUGCUCUCUUCCCCUCACUCACUCACCCCAGGUCGCUGCUCUCAAAGGAGAGUACCUCGUCGCUGCUCUCAAAGGAGAGUACCUCGUGCGCAGAGCUUACUUGCGGGCGGCGAGGCAGGAGUGCCGGGCGGCGGUGGGGCGGGCGGCACGGCAGCAGCGGGAGAAGCAGAAGCAGCCGUCGUCGGCAGUGGCUGUGAUCUGGACCAUCGACCGCGCGGCAUGGUCGCUGCUGAGUGACGGCCAUGUGUUUGCAGAGGCUGAGAUUCAACACAUGGUGAGUGGCAACUCCUUUGUGUCUCUCACCUCUCUUUUCCUCCUUCCUUCCCCUUAUGCGCCACCUCAGCUCCUGAACGUGGACAGGGAUUUCAACGACAUAGGCAUGGCGUGCUUUGUCAUCAAGUCGAUUGCUGUGCGCAACUGCCUGCCUCAAGCCAAGUCACGCCUCGUGCUCUCUGCCUGGAACCCUCCUCCCGACUGGUCUCGACAUGCCAUGAUCCGAGUGGUGGGCAAGAUAGGCAAGCCUGUCGACGGUGUCUCCCCCAUUGAGACAUUUGAGGUGGAGAUCUACCCUCUCCGCAUCUACCUCACAGAGCAGAUGUACCGAGUGGUGUGGGACUAUCUCUUUGCCAAGGAGCCAGACGAGCAGCUCCGGAAGCAGGAGAUGUGGGGUCCGGUGGCUCUCCCUGUGAAGCAGAAGGACAAGCGCCGCUCCACUGCUCCCGAUACCCUCUCCUCCUCUGCCGCUGCCGGCAGUGUUGCUGGUGGGGCCUUCCCAAUGUCAGCGACUGUUGCGGGUGCGGGAGGCGGAGGCGGAGGGAGGAAGGGCGCAGAGGAGCCUCGCUUGAAGCACCAGUCAUCUGCCCCGCCCUCGGCUCUGGUCGUUGAGGAGAUUCGCCGGUCCACCACGGACAGCUUCACCUCCACCGGCUCUGCCCCCGGCUCGUUCCCUUCGAACCCCUCUCUCUCCUCCUUCCUCCCUUCCUCGCUCCCCUCCGCCUCCACCUCCCCCUUCCCCGCCUCCGCCUCGCCGUUCCACCCGUCCCUCCCCCCGCCGCGCUCCCCUCUGCCCUCCUACUCAGUCAUUCGCUCUCAGAGCAGCCCCACGUUCCGAGCCCACGCAAGUGCCUUCUCAGCAGACCGAUACCCCUCUGCUGUUUCCGCUGCUGGUGCUUCUGGUGCUGCGAUUUCCGGUGCUCCUGCUGACAGUGAUGCUGCUGCGAGUGGAUACCCUGGUGCUGCUGGUGGGGAUGCUUUCUCUUCAGGUCCUUCCACUGGCCUGCUUCAUGCCCCUCCAAUCACUCACUCCUCAUCGGCCCCUCUCCCCUUGGCGAACCCCUAUGGUAGAGCUGCUAGUAGUGCUGGGCUAGGGUACAGGGGAGGAGGCAGGGGCGGGGGAAUGGGCGGGUCUGCGGCAGGGAAAGGUUUAAGUUUGGAGGGGAUUCGAGAGGGGGGGGAGAAGGAUGUGGGGGGAGCGAGUGAGAAGAAGAAGGGGCGGGAUAAGAAGGAGCAGGAGGAGAGGAGGAAGUUGAAGGCGGAGGAGAGGGUAGCGAUGAGGGAGAGGGAGAAGAGGGAGCUGCUGGAGAAGAGGAGGAUGAGGAUGGAGCAGAAGGAGGAGGAGAGGAGGAAGAAGUUAGCACUGGAGGAGCAAAGGCGGACGAGGAGACAAGCGGUUUAUAUUCAGAACCUCAAGUUCAGCCAGGUGGAGCUCUUGAUCACAUACGAGGGCUACCCUGUCUCUGUCACCGACCUGCGUCUGCUCAUGGACACGUUCGCCCGCACCGAGUACACGGGGCCGUGGCGCCGGCUCUUCUCGCGGCUAAGGAAGCAUGUCAUCUGGGGCGUGCUCAAGUCGGUCACAGGCAUGCAGGGCCGCAAGUUCAAGGAUGCACAUCUGCAAGCAGGCAGCAGCAGCGGCGGCAGCAGCAUCACCACAACCACCCCAUCCAAGUCGCAAGCAGCAGCGGCUGCAGCAGCUGCAGCGGAGAUGGCAGAGAGCGACAGUGACGACGAAAGCGCACCAGUAGGGGGGGUAUCAGGGGCUGGAGUGGAAGGGAAGGCUGGCAGGAAAAAUCCCGCAGCAGCAGGGGCAGGAGGAGGGGCAGGUGGGGGAGGAGGAGGGGGAGCGGGGGAGGGGGUGGGCGACGGGAGUUAUGGUGGGAGUGUGGGGGCAGGAGGGGGAAGGGUGGGUGUGUUAGAGGCAGGUUCUGGUGUUCCUGGUGCUGCGGCCACUGCUGCGAGUGGUAGCAGCAGCAGUGCACUCAUGGGCAAUGUGGGCAUCACCAGCAGCAGUUCUGGGGAAGCUUCGCUCCAACCAGGAGGAAGCUCUGCUGUUGCUGGCACUGCUGCCGCCUCUGCCACUGCUGCUACUGCUGCUGGUCGCAUUGAUGAAGCCAUCCCGGAGGUGUCUGAAGAGGGAGCUGCAUCAGAGUCCACUAGUGGAGCAAUUGUCUCGGCAAUCAACAGAUCCGUCGCUGGAUCACUCGUCGUCAUGGCUGCCAAAGGCCAAGCUGAUUUAUUGGACUGCAUAGACUGGCCAUCAGUGGAGUGCCUGAACGCAAAACCUGGGAAGAGUGUAGAUAAUGCAAUCAAGCAGGGAUAUAGAGAGGACGAUGGUUUGUUUUUGGAGAGCGACGUCGAUGAGCAACUACUGGUCUACGUCCCAUUCAACCAAGUAGUCAAGCUUCAUUCGAUUGUGAUCAAGGGUCCCGAAGAAGAAGGACCCAAAUGCAUAAAGCUCUACUCAAACAGGCCGAACAUGGGAUUCAGCAAUGUGAGCGACAUACCGCCGAGUGACACCAUCAAUCUUACAGCUGAUCAGGUUCAGGAAGGGAAGGCAACACCUUUGAAAUAUGUGAAGUUUCAAAAUGUCAGAAGUCUUACUAUAUUCAUCGAGAGCAACCAGUCGGGUGAUGAUGUCACUAAGGUUCAGAAGUUGGCCAUACUUGGAAGCACGUGA